AUGCGCCUCCUCCGCCUCGUGAUGGAGGGCUUCAAGUGCUACAAGGACCGCAUCGAGCUCGACCCCUUCUCCCCGAAGCACAACAUCGUCGUGGGUGCCAACGGCUCGGGAAAGUCGAACUUCUUCGCCGGCCGCCUCCCGAUCGACUCGCCAAGUGAGGUGGUGAUCCUCAAGCGCUCGGUCGGCCUCAAGAAGGACGAGUACUUUCUGGACCGGAAGCACGUCGAGAUCCUCAACUUGCUCGAGUCGGCCGGCUUCUCCCGCUCCAACCCCUACAACAUCGCCGAGGUGAAGCGCCUCUCGCAGCGGCGCGUCAAGGCGGAGCGCGACGUCGCAAAGGCGGAGCAGCAGCGCGGCCGGCUCGAGGGCGACCUGCGCGACAACCUGCAGCAGCGGCAGCAGGAGCUGCAGCGCACUCUCGACGAGCAGACCGAGGAGGAGCGGCGCGCGUCGACGGGAGGCGCCGUCGACCCCGCCGCGGCGCAGCAGCGCCUCGCGGCGACGGCGGCGGAGCUGGAGGUAUGGGACCAGGCGCGCAAGGGGCUUGGCGAGAAGCGAUCUCGGCGGGCGCUCUCGUCCAAGCAGCUGAUGGGCGAGAUCGAGCAGUGCAACAAGGAGCUGCAGAAGCUCGGCCACGUCAAUAAGAAGGCGCUCGACCAGUUCCAGAGCUUCAACGAGCAGCGCGACAAGCUGAUCGACCGGCGCGACGAGGCGACCGACGCCUCGAAGCGGAAUCUCCGCCCCUCUCUCCCCGUGGAGAAGGCGGAGGAGUCGAUUCGCUCGCUCAUCGAACACCUCGACCUCAAGAAGGACGAGGCGACGGAGCGCACGCUCACAGCUGGAGGUGCGAUGGAGCGCACGUUCAAGGGCAUCGCAAAGCACUUCACCGAGGUCUUCCGCGAGCUCGUGCCGGGAGGCGCGGGCAAGCUCAUCAUGAAGACGUCGCACGAGGGCAAGCAGCUCGAGCCGGGCGCGCCAGCGGCACCGCACCCGCGCACGCAAUUCCCCCAACUCGUCCCUUAUAUUGCGUAG